CACAUUCUGCGCACUGAUAAAUUUUGUUACCAUGUGCACUCAACGAACAAACCCAAUAAUGACCAAUGUAUCGGUACAUGGACCACUUAUGUAUCGAUUAGAAAAAUUUCGAUGCGUAGAAGCUAAACAUCGAUAUUUUCGAUGCAUCGAUGUAUCUCCCUCAUCUCUACUUCUAUCGCGAUAAUGAACGAGAACAGGUGCACAAUUUCACAAAGUAAUUCUGUUUUUCUCUUCCUACUGAAAAAUAAUUUAACUUGUUGAUUGAUAACUAGAAGUAGCGCAAAACAGAGUUUGUAACAUAGUGAAUUUGAAAUUAAUAAAUUUACUGCCAUAGUGUGACGCAAUGGAUUUAAUACACUCAACAAUGCUAUCGGCUGAAAAAAUUACACCAAAAAAUCCAACAACAUCGCUGAGAACAAUGAGCACAGAAAAUGGUAGCGCUCACAGAGAUCAAGAUCCCCCUCUUGUUGAUGACCAGUCUUCGGCGUAUAGUUCCAUUCCUUCAGCGUCUGCGUCCACAUCAUCUACGUCAUCCGCAACGAUGUCACCACAACUACAAUUAGAAUUAUUGGAUAACUUCGAUGAGUUUCCCUCAGAUUUUUCGAUUAAAUCGCCGUCGGAAGAGUUGUUGCAAAAUCAAGGAACCACGCAACAACCGAAUGGAGCGCUAGUAGUAACUGAUGUAGAGCAACAAUUACAUCAACAGGUGCUCCACCACUUAGGAUUAAGCUUAGCUCUAGAAGACACUACUGACUUGGUUUACCCAAUAUACAAUGCAAUAAUGGCACACGAGGGUGAUGGGGAUAUGAGAGUUGGCGAAAGUGUAGAUAGUGAUUUGCCAUUAUCGCAUGUCCCCUUGACUUCGUCAAUUAACGCAAACGUUAGCAAUCUUGUCGGCGACGACGAUGACAACGCUGAAAGUGCUGAUAAUAUAAUAAUUCGCUUCUUGAGCGAUACGUUGGAUACACCCUUACUGCCUCAUGAUCAGGCAUCAUCAUCUUCAUCUAGUGCGUGUCCAUCUCAUAAUCCUUACCAAAAAAUGUCAUUGUCCGAAGGUGAGCUCAGUGCAACAUUGUUAUCACCCGUCCAAUUCCCGUUAAUGUCCACAUCAUCACCAUCCUCAUCGUAUAUGUCCAACGAUUCAUUUCAAGUGCCACAGACGCCGAUGGUCAUGCAAAUACAGCACCGGCAUCAACAACCACAACCACAAACCACUGAAAAUUCAACAGUUUUAGAAAUUGGAAAAAUGCCGUUUUCAUCACCAAAUAUCGAGUCAAUUGGACCGGUUACCGCAGAUGCGGCGAUGUACAUAAAAAAUAUCAAGAAUAAUAAUAACGAUAUUUGCUUACGGUUAGAGUACAAGUUUCAAGACCAACAACUUGUCCAAGUACAGCCUCCUACUGUAGUAGCAAUGAGUGCUCCGUCGCCAGACUUUGCAACAUCGUUAAUGUACUAUGACCAAGCAUCAAUAUCAAAUAACAUGACUAUCGAUCGAUUAGAAAUAGACAACACUCAUCUGACAUUGUUGUCUUCGCCGUCGUCGGCAUCGAUUGCCUCUGAUCUUUUAGAUCAUCAGCAACAUAAGUCGACUGACAAUAACUCGAAAGAAAGUUACAUGGAAGUAAAUAAUCAGCCCGAUGAACUUUCAUUAUGUAUACGCCCCGGUGCCUUGCACAAACAGAAAGGAGAGCCAACUCAUGCGACUAUUACUAUUUUCGAGAAUUCGGAUGAUGCACUUGGCCGUUAUAACUGUAACUAUGAGAAUUGCAACCGCAGCUAUAGUACCAUCGGCAAUCUACGCACGCAUUUGAAGACACACAAAGGUGAAUAUCGCUUCAAAUGUACUGAAGAAAGUUGUGGCAAAGCUUUUCUAACAUCGUACAGCUUAAAAAUACACAUUCGGGUGCAUACCAAAGUGAAACCCUACGAAUGCGAAAUAACGGGUUGUGAAAAGGCUUUCAACACGCGCUACAGGUAGGACCCAAUUUAAUAUUGGAGAAGUCAAUUUCAUCAAUUACAAAAAACUCCCAUAUUUACAUAUAU